UUUGCUCAGAUCGCAGUCAUUUAUUUUGAUAAUGGAAAACAAAGAUGAUGAAGUGAAGAAGGCACAAGUUGUAGAAGCCAGGGCAAGAAAUAUCAGCCACAAUGUGCGUUGUACAGAAUGUGGGAGUCAGUCCAUUGAAGAUUCACAAGCGGAUAUCGCAAUUCUCCUCAGAAAGUUAAUUCGUGCUGAGAUUCGAUCUGGAAAAAGUGACAAAGAGAUUUAUAAAAAGCUUGAAGAGGAUUAUGGUGAGACGGUACUGUAUGCCCCAAAGUUUGAUCUGCAGACUGCAGCCUUGUGGCUAUCACCGCUUCUUGUUGCAGGUGCUGCUGCAGGGGCGUGGGCUUACAAAAAGCACAGACAAAAGAGUAAUGUGCACAUCAUGGCUCUGGACCUUGUUAGAGGUGUUCCAUUGACCCCCAAGGAAAAGGAAACUAUGCUAGACUUGCUCACGCCUCCUCCACAAGGUGUCACUCCUUCCUCCUUGUGGAGCCGGUUGCGAGGUCGGUGAUGUUCUUUAAUUUUCCGACUCAAGUUUCUUUUGAUGGCGAAUAAUGUACAUACUGAUGAGU